CCCGUUCUUCCGGGAAAAUGGCGGCUCCCGCUCGUACCUCGGAGUCCACGCCGGCGGCGGAUCCGGCGCUAGCUGCGGGGGCUGCUGAGGAAACCGACUGCCCGCCGCCUCGCCAGCCUCAGCCCCCGCAGAAUGUCCUCGCUGGCCCGCGGCUUCGAGCCCCAAGUUCCCGAGGACUUGGGGCGGCGGAGUUUGGCAGAGCUGCGGGAGAUGUUGAAGCGCCAGGAGAGACUUUUGCGCAACGAAAAAUUCAUUUGCAAAUUGCCCGACAAAGGUAAAAAGAUCUUAGACUCUGUUGCCAAAGUGAAAGCUGCCAUUGCCGAAUGUGAAGUUAGAGGAAAAAGUGGACUGUUUCAUCCUGUUAGUUUAGACUGUAAGCUACGGCAAAAAGCAGUUGCAGUUGUUGAUGUGGACACUGAAACGGCCCAGAGUUCUGACCGGAUACUUGAUACUUCAUCGCUAGUCUGUGGCUCUUCCUCUGUAAGUAACACCGAGUCAUCUAAAACCACCUCCCAGCAGCGGGGACUUGUACAUCCUCCUCACGAAGGCGAUGAAGAGGCUCCCGAAGUUGAGUACAUAGUGAGCGCGUGCCCAGCUUCCCGUAGCAGAGCCAGCGCGCCUUCCUCCUGCGCAGCUGGUGAGCGUCUCCUUCAGCAUCAUGUUUCAAGUCAAGCAGAAGAUAAUUUGAGCAGCUCUGACAGCCUGUUUAUUAAUAGGUUACAGAGGAUCACAAUUGUGGACUCAGGUGAAGAGUACUCAGAAGAGAACAGGAGUGCUGAGAACUUGGCAAGGUUCGAUAGUGGGGCACAGAAGAAGCCUCAUUUCAUGGAAGUGCUAGAAACUCGAGCCAAAAACCCAGUACCCCUACUACAUAAAUUUAAAACUAAUGUAUUACCUUCACAACAGAAUGAUUCAUCUAGUCAUUGGCAGAGAAGAGGGUCUCCCAUCUCCUCGGAAGAAAGGCAGCUCAGGGAUAAGAAGCAUCUUGAUGAUGUCACAGCAGCCCGACUUCUGCCACUUCACCAUAUGCCCGCACAGCUGCUCUCCAUAGAAGAAUCUUUGGCACUUCAGAAACAACAGAAACAGACUUAUGAGGAGAUGCAGGCCAAACUCGCAGCACAAAAAUUAGCUGAAAGACUGAACAUUAAGAUGCAGAGCUAUAAUCCCGAAGGGGAGGCUUCAAGGAAGUACCGAGAAGUGAGGGAUGAAGACGACGAUCAGUCCUCUGGAGAUGAAUUCUGAAGAUGCCAGUGGGAUGUAAAUCUCUGCUUGUUGAGUUGUCAUGAUCCUACAUCAGACUUUCAAACACGUAUCAAGAUCGGUGUCAGACAUUGUCGAGGAAAGGAAUUUUUUAAAGUUACACAAAGGUAGCUAUAAAAACAGCCCAGUUUGUCUUAUCAAAAGAUGACUUUCAUGUGCUUAAAAAGUUUAAUAUUUGAAUAUUGUGUUUUAACCAUACUGUAUUAAAGUUUUGCAGUAUGUUGUGUGUUGGUCUGAUAUUUUAGUACAUAGUAAGCACAGGAUUUUUUUUUCUAAGCCAAAUGAAGCAGGUAACUGCUCUUUUCCUGGCUCUUACCUCUGUGGAAUAACAUUUAUUACAUGUCUGUCAGUGAAAUACUUGGUUGCCCCAGGCAUCACCUAAAAUGAAUUAGGAACAUAAAGUUUCUUCCUUUUUCAAGGAAUGAAGAGAGCAGCCCAGAAAAUUUUAUGCAUGUUUGCAUGGGGUUAAUGAAGUAAUUGGAUGUGAAAUACCUAGGAAGACACUCCUAGAGGAUUCUGAAAUGUUUGUUUCCUUCUUCUGUCUUCUCUUAGGAAGAAUGUUACCUUUUUAUUAGGAAUAGGAGUACUUUUAGUUGGUGCUGGAGGGUGGACGGUCUUUCUGGAUGAUCAUAUUUGCCCAAAGUGACACAAGAUACAGGAAAAGUCUAGGGUGACUAGGUGAAGGGAGGAGCUGUUCUUAGGCUUGAUCUGACUUGAGUUCAUUGCUCUAAGAGGCGACAGGUUCAGUUUGGUAAGAAAACAAAAUUUUUUUAAACUACAAUUGAAUUGUCAAUACACCGCCUCUCCCCACUCCGCAAGAGCCAUAUAUAGGCUACAGAAAUCUCAGUCUCAUAUGUAUACACAUUUAUGUACUUUUCAAGGAUUACAUGGUUUUCAGAGAUUUCUUUGUUUAAUAUGUUAGAGAUUCUAAACAGUGCUGAAAGGAAGAAUAAAAUAUUAGAGCAACUUCACAGUGUUAAUGGUGAUGUUUUAUGGGUGUUUAAUUAAGUUUAACUUGCUUUAAAAGAGACUUUCAUAUAAGACAUUUUCCUGCAAACACAUUUAGGAGUGCCAGGAAGGGCUGGGUUUUCCAGCAUGGACUUCCAGAUAGGGCUGGUGCUUUCCAUCCCCUCCCCCCACCCCUCCCCUGGCACCCUUCUGCCCUCCCCCUAAAAAUGUGCAAAUACACUGAGCUAACAAAUUCAUUAUUUCUCCUUUUAAAAAACAAUAAAAAAUGGAUUUCACAACAUAGAAUUAUUCCUUAGAGAAUAAAAUGAUACAUUUCUGGAAAGCCAAGUAAUGUGGAAGGCGUCCCAUGCGUGGACACACAGUCCCCUGUCGUCAGAUCACCCAGAGAGUGCCUCUGUUAAGAUUUGGGUAUAUCUACUUUACAUACUCUUCCAUAUGUUUCUAUUUUCAAUAAUGCAGUCAUACGGCACAGUUGUUUUAUAGCCUGCUCUAUGUAUGGUAAACAUUUUCCCAUUAGUAGAUACUUUGCAUUUUAGAUAGCUCCAGAAUAUUCAAUUUUAUGGGUGUGCCCUAACUUUUAAAAUUAAUUUAUUGUUUAACAGUUUGUUUGUUACAGCGUAAACUGUAAUCAACAAUGCAAUCAACAUCUUAAAAGAUAAUCACAUUUGUACAAAAAUUCUUUCCAGAAAAUACCUUUCUAUAAGUGAGAUUGCUAGUUGGGAGUAUAGCUAAGUUUUUGAGAUUCUUGAUCUAUAUCACUCACCACAAAGACUGUGUCCCUUUAUGUUUCUCCAAGCAAUAUCAAACUCCCAGGACUGAAAAUGGCUAUUUAAAGUGUUUGCUAACUGAAUAAUCACAGGAAAGGAUGAUUUUUUAAAUUUAUGUUUCUUUGCUUAAUGAAGGGUGAGUGAUUUUUCAUGUCUGUUGACCAUUUAUGUUCAUUCUUUUGAGCAUUGCUUAUUCAUAUCUUAACUGUAUUUUCUUGGACAAUAUGCUGUUUUUAUUGGUCUAUAAAUUCUUGAUGAAUUAAGA